AUGGCGGACCAGCAGUACAAGCCCACUGGUGAGCAAUACAACUACACGCCUGCUUCGCAAGGAGCUAAUCAGCAAACAGAGCACGGAGGCCUCAAGCAGGACGGCACCCCAGACAAGCGCGUCGGUACUGGCGAGUUUGCUCAGGGCAAGGUUGAUCCCCAUGAGGCUGGAAAGCAGGGUGGUGCUACAUCCGGCACUGGAAGCACCGACUCCUCCACUGGCUCUUCAGGAUCCGGCGGCAGUGCCAAGGGCGAGUUCGCUCACGGCAAGGUCGACCCCGUCGAGGCUGGAAAGAAGGGUGGAGAGACGUCUUAA